AUGGCAGGCUCUGCAAUUUGGAAAUAUGCAUUUGCAAUGCUCAGCCACUCAUCAAGGAAAUAUGCACUUGCCAAAGUGGAAACAGGUCCAUCUGUAUACAGGAGGAAGACUUUCAGGCAAUAUGGUGGUAUUUAUUGUUUCAUUAUGAGUAUCAAUGUCUGGGUGGUGUGUAAGGUCCCCAAUCGUAAUUGCAAUGGUAGUAAAUCUCUCCCUAUUCAUCAUAAAUACGUUCAAUCUGGAGAUCUCAAAAUUGCCGGCAUUAUUUCUCAGCUCUAUGUCUUUUCCAGUCCUGUUGCUUUCAUUAAACACCCUUCUCUGGAACUUCUUGAUGAUUUUGUCUACUUCAGUCCAAGUUGGAUCUACCUUGCCUCAAUGGAGCUUCUCUUUGCUCAGAAUAGAUUCAUCCCAAAUUUUAAAUGUGGCAUUCAAAACAAUCCAGCUGCAGUUAUUGGAGGACCUGAUAUCUAUUUCCACAUGGCAACCAUACUGGACAUCUACAAAAUUCCCCAGCUGACCUAUGGCUCUGCUCCAGUCAUGGAUAAAGAGACUCAAGGAGUUUUCUUCCAACAAAUGUUUCCAAAUGAAUCCUAUCAACAUAAGGGCCUCCUCCAGCUUUUGCUAUACUUUAGAUGGAUCUGGAUUGGAGUUCUUGCUGUGAAUGAUGACCAAGGGGAAAAAUUUAUACAGGAGGUGCUCUCCACUUUUUACCAGCAGGGCAUCUGUUUUGAUUUCAUAGGAGAGUUCCCAAAGGUAGAUUUUUACAGUGACUUUACAGAUGUGAUGGACGAAACAUGCAAAACAUACUCUGUUAUUGCAAAAAGCACAACCAAGGUGAUUGUCUUAUAUGGUGCAAUGGAAUCCAUGAAUUUUUUGAAAAUGUUAGUGCAGUAUUCAGAAGUGGAGGAUAUGUCAUUGAAAACAAAGAUCUGGAUCAUGAAUGCUGAAAUGGAUUUCACGUCCAUUUCUCUUCAAAGAGAUUGGGAUAUAAAUUUCCUCCAAAAUGCUUUAUCCUUUGCAGUUCAUUCAAAGGAGCUGCCAGGCUUCCAGGAAUUUCUUCUAAUCAGAAAUCCAACAACAGCAGAACACGAUGGGUUUCUAAGGAAUUUCUGGCAGCAUGCAUUCAGGUGCUUGUUUCACAACUCUCAUCUAGGUAAUAAAGAUGGCACAAUCUGUACCAGGAAGGAGAAGAUGGCAACCCUUCCUGCAUCUGUGUUUGAAUUUAGCACAACUGCCCACAGCUAUAAUGUGUACAAUGCUGUCUAUACUGUAGCUUAUGCUUUGGAGGCAAUGCAUUCAUCAAAACUCAAGCACAACUUUAUUGUGGGCAGAAGAGGGCUCAAGCUUCAGAAUCAGCAAUUGUGGCAGCUUAAUCUUUUCCUGAGAAGGGUCUCAUUCAACAACAGUGUUGGAGAAAAGAUUUCAUUUGACAAAAAUGGGGAAUUCAUUGGUGGAUUUGAUAUUAACAACUGGGUCACAUUCCCAAACCGGUCAUUUUUCAGGAUCCAGGUUGGAAGGAUAGAUCCUACGAUUUCCCCAGACAAAUUCUUCAACAUUUCUGAAGAUUCCAUCAUGUGGCCAAAAAGCUUGAACCAGGCACAUCCUCUUUCUUUGUGUAAUGAUCCUUGCCAAAGAGGGUAUAGCAAGGCUAAGAAGGAAUCAAAACCAUUUUGCUGCUAUGAUUGCCAUCCAUGUCCAGAAGGAAAAAUUUCAAACAAAGAAGAUAUGGAAGACUGUUUUCAUUGUCCAGAAGGUCAUUAUUCAAACCAUGACAAAGAUGCAUGCAUUCCAAAACACAUAACUUUCUUAUCCUAUGAAGAACCCUUAGGGAUCAGUUUAGCUAUUUGUGCUCUUUCUUUUUCUUUUACCACAGCUCUGGUGCUUGGGAUCUUCAUUAAACACAAAUGCACUCCCAUUGUAAAAGCCAACAACCGGAAUCUCACCUAUAUUCUCCUAGUUUCUCUCCUCCUCUCUUUCCUUUGUGUUUUAUUAUUUAUUGGGAAACCUGGUAAGAUUGUGUGUCUCCUUCAACAACCAGCUUUUGGAAUCAUCUUCUCCAUGGCAGUUUCUUGUGUGUUAGCCAAAACCUUUGUUGUGGUCCUAGCUUUUAUGGCCAUUAAGCCAGGAUCUAGAAUGAGAAAAUGGGUGGGGAAAGCAAUGGAGAGUUUCAUUGUUCUUUUUUGUUGCCUUGUUCAAAUCACUAUCUGCAUCAUAUGGUUGGCAAUUUUUCCACCAUAUCCAGAUUUUGAUAUGCACUCAAUGUCUGAAGAAGUCAUCAUGGAGUGCAGUGAAGGGUCAGCCACCAUGUUCUACUGUGUGUUAGGUUUUAUGGGUUUUCUUGCGCUGGUCAGCUUCUCUGUUGCUUUUCUAGCUAGAAAGUUACCUGAUAGUUUCAAUGAAGCUAAAUUCAUAACUUUCAGUAUGUUGGUCUUCUGCACUGUUUGGUUAUGCUUUAUUCCUACUUAUAUAAGCACAAGAGGAAAAUACAUGUUGGUUGUGGAAGUCUUCUCCAUGAUCUCCUCCAGUGCUGGCUUAUUGAUGUGUAUUUUUUUUCCCAAGUGUUUUAUCAUUGUGAUGAGGCCUGAACUGAACAAUAAGCAUCAGAUAAUGAAAAAAAAGUUUUAA